AUGCUUCUUCGAAUCAGCAUUUUGUUACUCUACAUCACUCUUGCAAGUGCACGUAAGGUCUUGUAUGGAUGGAAUAUCGGAUGGAUGAACGCCAACCCUGAUGGACGAAGAGAACGCCCUGUCAUGGCCGUCAAUGGCCAAUGGCCUCCGCCGAUCAUACGAGCAACAGUAGGGGACGAUCUCCUUGUGACAGUGCACAACAAUCCACCGAACGAGACAACGAGUUUACACUUCCAUGGUCUACAUCAAGAAGGUAGUAAUCAGAUGGACGGACCUCCACAUGUUGUUGCUUGCCCUGUCCCGAUUGGCACAAGCUAUACGUAUCGCUUCAGGGUCAAAGAAGCGGGCACCUUCUGGUGGCAUUGGCACUCGAACGGGCAGUACAUGGAUGGCCUUCGAGGAGCAUUGGUAAUCAGUGACCCGAGGUCUCCUUACCAGGACAAAUGCGAUUCUGAGCUCGUCAUGUCCUUGUCAGAUUGGUACCACGACUUACAGGCACAAUUGGCUGCGUGCUAUCUUUCGCCUGAUUGUAAUCCUAGCGGUGCUGAACCGGUUUCUUAUUCUGCCCUGGUUAAUGACAACUCGGACACAAGCCUACGAGUUCGACCCGGAGAGACCUACUUCGUCCAUGUCAUUAACAUGGCUGCGUUCGCACAGAUGUACAUCAAUUUUGAGGACCACAAUGUAACCAUCAUCGAGGUUGAUGGUGUUUACACGCAGCCACGGACUGUUAGCAGUCUGUAUGUUGCUACGGGACGACGCUAUGGAGUCCUGCUUACAGCCAAACCUGACCCUAACAAGAACUACGCGAUUCCCGUCGCUAUGGAUGUCGACGCCUUUGACAAUGUCCCUAACUACCUGCGACCAAACACAACGGCAACGUUAAUGUACGAUACAAGCAAGCCUGUUCCUAGAGAAAUCACCGUACCGUUCUUCGACGUAAUCGAUGACAUUACGCUCGAACCGUGGGAUCGUCAAGUCGCGCUCCAGCAACCAAAAACGCGGAUUGAACUUAACCUAGAAUUAUUCCCUGCAUUCGGCCAGAAUCGUGCAGGGUUUAAUGGGGUUUCAUAUCUGUCGCCCUUGGUUCCCACUCUAUACACAGUCGUCAGUGCGCCCAUACCGCUGCUGAGCGAUACGCGGAUAUAUGGCGAUUAUACGAACGCCUUUGUGAUAGACUAUGGCGACGUCGUAGAGAUAACAAUCCACAACACGGAUGAUGGUCAACAUCCGCUCCACAUACAUGGCCAUCAAGUGCAGCUAAUAUCGCGUGUGCUAGGAUUAUUCAACAACGGACUCAGUCACGCUGGGCAGACACCCAUUAGAAGAGAUACUUGGACUCUAGCUGGACAAGGUACUACGGUCAUCAGAUUUGUGGCGGACAAUCCGGGUGUUUGGCAUUUUCAUUGCCACAUGGAGUGGCACCUUGCCGCUGGUCUAGCAAUCACACUGGUCGAAGCGCCUAAGCUUAUACAAGCAAAACAGAAGGAGAUCGAUGCAAACAUGGAAAGCAUCUGUCAGAGUCAGGGAAUCGUGACUACUGGUAAUGCGGCAGGGAACGCAAAAGAUUGGUUGAAUUUAGUAGGGCAGCGAAGCAAUCCUUAG